CGUUGUUUGCGCACGGCUGCCUGUUUCACAUUGCUUUAGUCUUUGUAUGCAGAGAGAUGCCAGAAGCAACAAAUCCUUGUGAGCUUUCACCAUUUUAGAGAGGCAGAUCUGGAGAAACCGCUGCUCUCAACCACACCAUUAUUUCUUCAUCUCCUACCCAAAUAUUCAGGAAUAUGGGUUUGAAGAUGAGUACUGGUACAGCUCCCAUUAAAGAUGAGGACAGAGCAAGGACUUGCUAAUUGAUAUAACUGCAGAGCAGUAUUUAGAUCCUGAGCUUGCUGUUGAGUGUUAUAUUUGCAGGGUUCCUAAAUGCAUCCGUAGAAUAAACGAAGAAGCCUACUCUCCUCGAUUAGUUUCAAUAGGUCCUCUUCACCGGGGCAAAGAAGAACUAGCUUUUAUGGAAAGACAGAAAGCCAGAUACAAGGAAAGUUUUCUUCAGCGAAUAACGAAAGAGAAAUGGAACGAACUUCUAAGCUUCAUCAAAAACAACGAACAACGAAUUCGAAAGUGUUAUGAAGAUAUAAUUAAAAUGGAGAGUCAUGAGUUUACAACCAUGGUUGAACACGACGCUGUCUUCAUUCUCGAGCUCUUCCUCAGAAGCUACCAUAACGAUGGAAGUGAUGACUUUUUGUUAAAGAUACCAACAACUAGAUUUGCUCUAAGGAUGGACCUGCAACUACUCGAAAAUCAACUUCCAUUCUUUGUCCUGGAGGAGCUAUACAGUUUAGCUUUCGAAACCCCAAAUUUCCGGGAACUUUGUCAUAAAUUCUUAUAUUUAUCCAAUACCUUACCAGCUGAGAUUGUGGUUAAACAUUUCACCGACUUGAGAAGAAGCACCCUUUUUAAAAACUUCCCCCGGAGAAAGGAUUUAGAGCUGGGAUUCAUUUCAGAUUUGCCUUGUGCAGUGAAGUUGCGCGAGUCUGGGGUGAAGUUUAAGGGCAUUGCAGGAACAUCGUUGCUUGACAUAAGAUUUGAGAAGCGAAAGCGGCUGAUUCCAUGGUUUGAAGUUCAUGAACUGCAAAUACCUCAUUUGGUUGUGGCUGAUUAUGGGACUGAACGUUUGCUUCGAAACAUAAUGGCUUUGGAGCAGUGUCACUACCCAUCGGAUACUCGAGUUUGUAAUUACGUGAGGCUGAUGGAUUAUCUGAUUAAUACUGAAAAACAAGUGGAUUUGCUUGUUAUAAAAGGGAUUAUUAGGAAUCGUAUGGGGGACAAUAUUUCUGUAGUGAAUCUGUUUAACAGACUUAGCUUGGAAAUUCAUAGAAGUAAGUCGUGUUAUUAUAAGACUAGCAUGGACUUGAAGGCACACUACAAUAAUCCUUGGAACCAUUCAAAGGCAACGUUAAAAAGUGUCCACUUUAAGAACCUUUGGCGAGGCACAGCCACUGUUAUAGGAGCCGGAUUCUCGUUGCUCAAGCUCAUGCAAUUCAUGUCUUCUAUGAAGUAAACUAUGUAAUUAAUUUUAAUUAGUAGUUUAUAAACCGACCAAUAUCUGGGGGUGUAAUGUUACCAUUUAUGUUUGAAAAGCCAUCUUCUUUCUCUUGUCAGUGACUACUGUGUCUUUUGUUAUCGGGACAAUGAAUUUGGAAAUGAGUGGCUCCAUUAAUGAUAUGGAUCUUUCAUACAACUUUAUUUUCAGGUCGAUUUCGUGGUCAUGGCAAAGUUUCUGGUAGAGUUACUGGCAGCAGGGGAAAUCAGUAUGUUUUUUAUGAGUAACGUUGGACAAUCUGGUUACUGACAGGGAUUUAGUGAAAAUAUCUGCAAAGGAAGCUGAAUUAAAGCGCAUGAUAAAACAAAAGAUGAGGAACAUACGUUCUCAACUACCGGGAUUCGUAUAAAAGGCAAGAAAGGAGUCACAAUCACUCCCAUGUAACUUUCAGCCAGGUGUUUAACAUUUUUAUUAACAUUUUUUUAAAUGCCAACAAAUUAUUGGAAUUGGCGACCGAUUAGCCUAUAAGUCCUUGCGUUGGCGUAUACGGGGUGCAAGGGGCAGAGCCUUCAAACUUGUAACAUGUUUUUAUUAUAAUUUUGUAUUAGAUGGAGUGUUCUAAGUUGGCGUUUAAUAAUACUUCUCUCUGUAAUUGUACUGCAACAUUUUUUGCUUUGUGACGUAUCUUCAGAAAUCAGACUUCGAUAUAUUUGAUCUGAUCA